AUGGCCGAGAAAUCCUUUCGCCCCUUUCCUAGGCUCCCCACGGAGCUGCGACUCGAAAUUUGGCGGCUAUGUCUCCCAUAUCGCGUUUGGGAAGUGGAUCACCCAACCUACGAAGGUAUCUGCGAAGGCCUUGGUCUUAAAGCUAAUGCCGAAGGCUUAUAUCCAUGUCAACUUCUAUCUUCGGCUAUUCUGAAUGCCCUUCCACCCGUCAUCAGUCGCGUUUGUCAAGAGUCACGCCACGUUGCCCACGAAUCAGGGGGCAUUAUGCCAGAGGAUUUCCAUGACGAUUUACCAGACGACGAUGAAUUCAUUCCCGGUACAAGCACUGCAUUUCUCGACAAUUUCUGGAUAGAUCGCACGCGAGACUCUGCGCAUCUAAAUUGGGGUCCUUCGUAUCAAGCAAUUUACCAAAGAAGCGACGGUAGUGCACUGGCCUGUUUUGCCUGGCAAUGUCGCCAAGUAGCUGGUCGUCCUUCACUUAUGGCAGACUGGUUUGCGUGGAGUCGCAGUCUGUAUAAGGAGAGAUAUAAUGUUCUCGAAGAUAUACCUAACUGCUGGGUUAUCAUGCGGGUCGUUAUUAUUCAUACUAGCUUCGAAGAAGGUGCACAGACAGGUCUAUUUGGCUUACUAGGUGAUGCAACCGUGCAAAUUGUCUCCGUGUUUGACCGGGAAAAAAUUGAUGCUUUCUACGAUUUUGCCGAUGAACAAAAUUCUCAAGCUUUUAGCGUUACCCGUUUUUCGCACACAACACCCGGAUCCUGGAAGCAGAAACUUGAAAAAAGUGCGAAGUCGGCAAGGAUAUCCGAAAAGGUAUUGUCGAAAAUGCACCCAGCCAUCAUGUUCCGCCUUUGCACAUCGAGAUGUAAUAGUCCUAGAGAGAAGGGACCGUCCGCGGAGUAG